AUGUUUGCCGUAGGGCGAAUCGAACUCAUAUUCGGUCCGAUGUUUGCUGGUAAGACAACAGAAAUGCUUAGAAGAAUUUCUAGGUGUGAGAUGGCUCAUAAACGCUGCCGCGUUUACAAAUAUAGUUUCGAUCAACGCUACAGUGCAGACAAAGUUUCAACUCAUGAUUAUUUCAUGCAUGAUGCAAUUUCUUGCACAACAUUAAUGCCCCAUUUCAUGGAAGCGAUGUCAUAUGAUGUCAUCGGUAUUGAUGAAGGCCAAUUCUUCCCAGAUAUUGUUGUAUUUGCCGACCAACUUGCAAAUGCGGGCAAAAUUGUUUUCAUAUCUGCCUUAGAUGGCGAUUAUCUCCGCAAACCUUUUGGAAAAGUCGGAGAAUUAAUCUCUAAAUGCGAAAGCGUUAUCAAAUUAACUGCUAUUUGCAGAGUUACUGGCGAAGAAGCCGCUUUUACAGAAAGAACUGUUAAAUCCGAUCAAUUAGAAUUGAUUGGUGGCGCAGAAUCCUAUACAUCAUCAUCCAGAACAGCAUGGAAGAAGUUUAAUACUUCUGGAUGUAUAAAUCUUACAAUUGGCCCUGUUAAAAGUGGCAAAACAACCGAAUUAACCAGAUUACUCGUUCGCCAUAAAAUUGCAGGCAAGAAAGUUAUUAUGCUCGUUAACCACGAGGUAGAUACUACAAAAGUCCCUGUUGAAGUCAGAGUUAUUAAUGCCCUUCCAGAUUUGGCAUCAAUGCAAGAGUACGAUGUCAUUGGUGUCGAUGACGGCCAUCUUUAUGAAGGCAUUGCUGAGUGGGCAGAUGAUUUUGCCGAUCAUAACAAGAAAGUUAUGGUUGCAGCUGCAGAUGGAGACGAAUUCCGUAACCCUUACUCACAUAUCCUUAAACUCUUCUCCUUUGCAGAAUCAGUUCGUAAAAUCGACUCAAUCUGCAUGGUUACUGGCAAUCCUGCACCAUUUACGGCCAGAAUUGAUGGAAAACUCGUUCCAAUAUCAAGACUUGGAAUCAUGAGUCAGAAUUCUAUCAAUUCAUAUACAAGACAACAAUAA